AUGUCCACUGCCGCCUCUACCAGCUCGCAAGCCAAGCAGCUGCGGCCUGUGAUCCUCGUCACUGGUGCCAACGCUGGUGUCGGCUUUGGUAUCUGCCAGAGGCUGCUGGUUCAGCUCUCAUCUCCUACGCCGAGUGACACGCUUCCAAAUCAUCCGCAACUGUACUCUGACCCGACAAUCCAGCCCACGCCGACGCCGUUUUCCGCAGCAGACGGAUGCACCAUCAUCCUCGCAUGCCGUAACCCCAUCAAAGCUCACAAGGCGAGGCAACAGCUCCAACAGCUGCUCAAGUGGAUCGAGAACCUUCCAGAACACGAAGAUACCCCGACCGGCCCUCCAGAGAGCUGGGCUUUCGCCUUUGAUGCCGACUCGAAGGAUGACAAGCUGACCGACCCUGAGACGGAGCAAGACAUCCGUGACACACCGCACGAAGAUGCUGAUCCUGCUUUGGUCGCCCAUGCACAGGAGAACAACGUGAGGAGGAGAAGGAAACAGAGGAAAGCGCUUGCCAAUGGAGAUGACACCAGCCAAGACCCAAGCGCGCAUUUGGAGUCGGAAGCCGACAAGGUGGACGAUGGCGACUCGCUUGGCUCGCCUGACCUCAACGCUAGCCUGGAGCAGCGAAACAAGCGCGCCAAUGCAUGGUAUCGCCGUCGCUUCUGUCAAGGUACUCGCAUAGAGUUUGUACCGCUCGACCUCGGCAGCAUGGGCAGUGCUCUGGAAUGCGCGCGCAUGGUGCGAGAGAGAUACUCGCACGUCACGCACGUGGUGCUCAACGCUGGUUCGUCAGCAUGGACCGGUAUGAACUGGUUCCAUGCGGUGUGGAUGAUCAUGACGCAGUUUCGAUACGCUGUUACCUGGCCGGCAUACAAGAUGCAGCGUGCAGGUGAUAAGAGCGACGAUGACUUUGGCUGGGUGUGGCAAUGCAAUGUCGGCGCGCACUGGAUACUGGUGCGAGCCUUGCUGCCGUCGCUGCGUGCAACGCCUUACUCGGUGCCCUCACGCAUCAUCUGGACUAGCUCGGUCGAAGCUUUCUCCAAGUACUACGAAGCCAGCGACUACCAGUGCCUGGAUGUAGCCAAGUCGCCGCUUCCUUAUGAAUCGGUCAAGUAUCAGUGCGAGCUCGCCGCCUUUGGACUGGACGAUGCCCUCCAGACUCGGCGUAUGCGCACUCAGCCUGGCACGCCCAUGGAAGAGCGUUCAACGAUGUUGGGUAUGUCGAGCACAGGAAGCGAAAGCAUGCACCGCUCCGCCUCAUCAGCGAGUGGCACUGCUCCGCAUGGCUUCCUCGGGCUCCCACCUGCUUCGCGUCCAGUGCCUGGGCAACCCGAGCCCCGGAGCUUCCUGGCACAUCCAGGAGUGGUGGCGUCUACUAUGAUGUCUCAAUUCGUUGCAUCGUGGGUAACGAUAUUCGUGGUGGCAAGCUUCUACAUUGCACGAUGGGUGGGCUCGCCGCACCAUCCCAUCGACCCGUUCAAGGGAGCUAUUUCGGUCAGUUACGCCUGCCUGGCACCGGAUCCCGACCCCAAGAAGCGAUAUGGCAGCCGGUCCGACUUUUGGGGACGCGAGUAUGUGGGCAUCGAGAAGAUCGAAUAUUACCGCUCGCAGCUGGGGGGAGCUGGACCAGGCGUAGGCGCGCGGUUGGCACUGGCAGGGAUUGAUCCUGACACGGUACAAGGCGACGUUUCGGAUGCGGGGCGAGUGCUGGCCAUGGCACGCGAGUACGUUGGCUUGUGCGAAAGGAUAGCACGCCAGGUGUGGCGAAGCGCAAGAAGGGGCGAUCUGCCUCCCUGGAGCUCGCUCGCCGGUGACGAAUUUGUUGUGCAAGAGCACAUGCAUCAGCUUUCAAUCGAAGACGACCAUGGGCAGCAGAAUCUUGAUGCCGAAGAUGCGCGGCCGCCGGCGCCGUCGAACGAUGCUGGUCCCGCCAUCACACUCAAGACGACGACCGUGCCGAGUAGUGGCCCCUCGACGGAUGAUAAAGAAUGGGAGAAAGUGCAAUGA